AUGGCCUCGCGACUUGCUGCUCGCAUUGCAUGGGUUGCAAAGCAGCGCCAGUGGCAAGAUGCACUGUCCCUGCUAGAGCCAUUGAGACGGCUGGACGAACCGGUAACAGGUUCAGCUGCGCAUGCCCUGACCGUGGCCUGCACUGCCACAGCGACUGCCAGUCUUCGAUGCCUGUCAUGGCAAGUGGCUCUGGAAGUUCUCCACUCCCUGCAGCCAGACGCUUGGGAUCACGUGACCUUCUGCACAGCCCUCACUGCCUGCGACCGUGGCCUGCAAUGGCACCUGGCUUUGCAACUCCUCGGACGAAUGGACAAGGACACUUUGGAGGUGAAUGACUUUGUAGCCUCUGCAGCCAUCAGUGCAUGUGGGAAGAGUUCUUCCUGGACUGUGUCGAUGCAAUUGCUGGAGAAGGUCUGUGCUGGGGAGUCUCUGAAAAGUUGGAGGAUCAGCAUCAACGCAUCCAUCAGUGCACUAGCGCAUGGCCAACAGUGGGCACAAUGCCUCGACCUUCUCAGAAGAUGCGUGGAGGAAAGCAUGUCGAGCCAUGGCGCGUUCCCAGACGUGGUGGCCUUCAAUGCCACUCUGGCUGCCUUGUCCAAGCAGGCCAGGUGGCCGCAGGCUCUCAAUCUGCUGCAUGACAUGUGCCGGUGCAGAUACCAGCCAGAUGUCGUGAGCGCAAACGUCGCUGCCAGCGCGUGUGAGCGCAGCUCCGCAUGGCAGCGUGCGCUUGCGCUCCUACACGGGGGCCUGGGUGGGGCUUCCGAAUCUCGAGACCUGGCCUCCUACGGUGUCGAGGCCUCGGCGAUCGGCCGCGGGGGACGGCGCUGGGCCGAGUCGCUGCAGGUGCUUUUGCGUGCUCAUGCGUCGGGGCUGCGACCAACUCAGACUCUCUUCAACAUAGUGCUGGCAGCCUGCGAGCAUGCUGGCAGCUGGCUAGUAGCCAGUGCCCUCCUCGAAGAGAUGCGCGUCUCGCGGAUGGCUGGCCUGAUCUCUUUCAACACCUGCAUCUCAGCGUGUGCCGCGGCGGCGCAGUGGCAACGGGCGCUUGACCUGCUUGCUGAGGUGCAAAGCCUUUAUCAACCGGAUUGCACCACGAUGGGUUCGAGCAUCACCGCUUUGGCCAAGGGGCAGCAGUGGCAUCGGGCUUGUGAGCUUCUGCAGGGCUUCUCUUCACAAGGCCUGCAGCCGAAUCAGGUCGUGGUGAAUGCUUGCAUUUCAGCGGCAGAAGCAGGCCACCAGUGGCCGUGGGCACUGGAGUUGUUGUUCUUCUCCAAAGAGGAGCUGAGGCCCGACAUAAUCACCUACAACACGGCGGUGAGCGCCUGUGAGAAGUCUUCUGAGUGGCAAAGGGCCUUCCAGCUUCUCCGAGAGCUCCAGGACCGGUGGCUUCAGCCGGAUAGCACCUCUUACGGGGCCGCCAUUUUGGCGGCGGUCUCUUCCCGGCCCAUGCAAUGGACGGAAGCCUUCUCGCUGCUUGAAGAGAUGCUGGGACGCCGGAUCACACCGCAGCUGGCCACUUUCACACAGCUUCUCAUGGAGUGCGAACUGCGCGGCCUGGCAGAGCGCGAGCGGAGCUUGCUUUUGGCCUUGCCCGAGGCCUUGGAGGCUUCGGCUAGUGCCGUUACGGAGACGAGCGCUUCCGGCACGAGGGAGGAUGUGUCGCUGCUAGUGCUGCAUGUGGCUGCACAGAAAUGUCUCCUUUCCGGAGAUCUGGAUGGCUGCACAGAGUUUCUUCAUCGACUUGAUCGGGCAGGACAGUGGAAUCCCUUGGCAGAGGCCUUGUGGCUGAGGGCUAAAGGCAACAGCUUCAAAAACGGGGCAGAAGGUGAGAUGCCCAGCACUGCCCGAGCUCGGGCCCCACCAGAAGGUCUCCGAGCCGGUCGGGCCAAGGAACUACGCUUGUGCCGUCACGUCUUUGCGUCGGCUUCCAUGGGGGAUGCGAAAUCUGUCUGCGAGGCUAUGGAGGACUUCGGGCACCGCUUGUCACAGCAAGGCCUGUGGCUGAAGCUGGCAGCCGGCGCGAAGGGUGACCUUCUCGUCUCAGCUUUGCAGCGAGCUCCGGCAGGACCUGUUCUCGAGAUCGGCUCCUACUGUGGCUACUCCGCCAUCCGCUUGGCCUCGUCUGGGCGGUAUGUGGUCACCCUGGAGACGGACCCCAUCCAUGCAGUGAUCGCCAGGAACAUGGUGAUGAUGGCGGGGCUUGACCAUCGAGUCGAUGUUCGGAUCGGGCACAGCAAGGACAUACUGCCUCGCCUCGGCAAGUUUGACGGCGACCAUAAGUUUGCUUUCGUCUUCAUGGACCAGAAGGGGUCGCGCUUUCACGAGGACUUGAAGCUGCUGGCAGACAGGGACCAGCUUUGCGACGGUGCUGUCGUUGUGGCGGACAAUGUGCUCAAACCUGGUGCCCCGAUCUUCCUCUACCUUUUGGCGGAGGCCGCAAAACGUGGCGAGAGCGUCACCGAGAUCGUCGAGCUUCAGGAGUUCGCGAUGCCAGCGGAGGACUGGAUGUCUGUCAGCACACUCCACCGGCCCGAUGGCUUGCUCACGCCUCGUGAAGCGAAAGUGCCGGCUGAACUCUGGGAGCUUCAUGCAGCGUCGGAGCGCAUUCGCAUGCAGGCCAUGGGACAAGGUGUGACCUUCAGCGAAUGGUCGUUGUUCAAUGCGGAGAUGCGGUCAGGCUUGGAGAAGUUCGGCAUCCGUUCUGCACAGCAGCCGAACAACUCCUUGCAAGAAAAGACACAGCGCCAGGCAGCGGUCAAGGCGCAGAUCCGGGAUGCGCAGCAGAGCGGCCGCGAUGCAAACGUGCAGCUCGCGACGGAAUCCCGCACAGUGCUUGCUGCCCAAAGGGAGCUGAGCCGCCUACGGGAGCAGAAUCGCCGUCUGGAGAAGGCGGCUAAGAGAAGCGAUGCAGAGUUUCUCCAGGCCGACACGAAGCUCGGCGGAGCGCUGCAGACUGAACCUUCGACCGUCGCGCUGGCGGCUGAAGGCAAGCACGGCGCUGGGAAAUCGAAGGCCUUGGCAGUGGCCAAGAAGAUCGGAGCAACCCGGAAGGAGGUCCAGCGCCUGAAGAUGGAUCGGGCAGAGCUCUUGGCAAAGCUCAGCUCCCAGCAGCAGGCCUUGGACAAGGUCAACUUCGAGAUCAAGCAGCAUUCAGAGCAUGUGGAGGAGCUCAAAGAGCGGAGCCAAAACCUGGAAGAGAUGAUGACGAAUAUGGACCAGGCCGACACUCUUCAAGUGCAGAAGGCGACGCAGGAGUCCGAGCGCAUCCAGUCCUUCUUCGCCUCCAUGAACAAGGAGAUCCAAAAGGCCAGGGAGAAGAAAGCCAACCUUGACGCCCGUAUCGCGCAGCUGACGGUUGAGCGGCAGAAGGAAGAGCAGCGCGCGAAGAAUCAGGCUCAAGAGGCUCGCGCGGUGGCGACAGAAGUGGAACAGGCAAACACCGAGCUCGCGAACGUGAAGCAGGAGAUCUCGAAGCUCGACGCUCAGAUCCAGGCGCAGCAAUCCAAGGAGGAGAAGAUGAAGAACGAGCUGCAACAGGAGCAGGUGCGAUACCAGCAGGAGCUGAAGGACAAGGAGAUCCGGGAACAGCAGAUCGAGGGUCUCACUACCGAGCUUGCCGCCAAGAGCAAGGCGGCUUCGUCGCUGGAAGCCCGAUACAUCAAGCUGCAGCGCAAGGCGCGGGCUGCAAAACGACUCCUCGAGAAAGAGAAGGCCAAAGCGAAGGAGCAGGAGAAGGAGGCGCAGGAUCAGCUGCAGCGCGAGAAGGUCAAAGCUGAGGCGCAGGCGCACGAGGAUGCUGCAGAGCUGCAGCGUGUCCAGGAAAUGCUUCAGAAGGAGGCGAGGCUUGCCAAAGACAGCUUUGCGGAAGAGGUGAAGCGAGUCGAGAACAAGCACUUGAAGGAGGUCAAGCAGCAGGAGCAGAAGAUUGCCCAUCAGGUUGAGAUCGAGAAGGGCCAGAUCAUGGAGAAGGUUUCGCAGCUUCAGAAGGAGCUGACGCAUGAGCAGAAAGUUGGCCAAGACCAGGCCGCGGAGGCCACCAAGAAGGAGGAGGCACUUCGAGCCGAGCUCAGGAAGACCAAGGAGGCAGCAGAGGAGAAGGCCCAAGCCACAAAGAAGCGCAUGAUGGAUAUGCAGAGCAGCCUGGACUCGCAGAGGAAGGCAUCCGCCGAGAAGGUCCAGGCCGCCAAUUUGAACCUGCAGAAGGUCCAGGAGGAGGUCGUUGAGGAGGAGCAGGCUUUGGCCAGCAAGAAGGCGGAGCUUCGACGCAUCGAGAAGGAGGCCAAGUCCAUGGAGGAGAGGGCCGACUUGGCCGAGCGCCAGGCGCAGCAGAAGGAGGCGCGCCUGCAGGCCAAGAUCCGUGCUGCGAACCUGAUGGAGAGACGAGGCAAGACCGCCCUUCAGCGCCAGGCUGAGCAUCAGGCAGCUAAGCUCAAGAAGAUGAUCGCGGACGAGAAGUCCAUGGAACGAGAGCAGGUGUGGCACUCAUAG